CUACUAGAGUACUACGCAGCAGUCACAAGACUCGUCACCGUAUCAUCCAUUUCUUCUUCAGGAAAACUCAUACCUCAGAGAGCCGUUCAAUUCCAAUGGCUAUGGGAUUUUCUAGGGUCCCCUUGCUGCGGCGUUUCCUUGUAUCUCCUCCGGUACUACCUUCUUCGUACUCACUUCAGCCCAACCGUAAAAUCAAUAUCUCAGCCUCUCUUUCUACCACCGAAGAAUCUACUUCUUCCCUAAUUCAGCCCACACCUUCCCGUACCCGUUGGAAGCCAACGUGUCUCUACUUUACUCAAGGUAAGUGCACCAAGAUGGAUGAUCCUAUGCAUAUUGACAAGUUUAAUCAUAAUUGCUCGCUGGAGUUUAUGCAAAAUGCUGCGGGACUUGAGAAUUUGCGGAAGCAGGAGUUGGAAUACUUUUUGGUGCUUGAUUUGGAGGGUAAAGUUGAGAUUCUUGAGUUUCCAGUUCUCCUCUUUGAUGCUAAAACCAUGGAUGUGGUUGACUUGUUCCAUAGGUUUGUGAGGCCAACAAAAAUGCACGAAGAAAGAAUAAACGAAUAUAUAGAAGGGAAAUAUGGAAAACUAGGAGUUGAUCGCGUCUGGCAUGAUACAGCUAUACCAUUUGCGGAAGUUAUCGAGCAGUUUGAAGUCUGGCUAGGUCAAUGUCAGUUGUGGAGAAAUGAACUUGGUGGCUGUCUUAAUAAGGCUGCCUUUGUUACUUGUGGGAACUGGGAUCUGAAGACUAAAGUUCCUCAGCAAUGCAAUGUAGCAGGGAUGAAAUUGCCACCAUAUUUCAUGGAAUGGAUUAAUCUGAAGGAUGUGUUUUUGAACUUCUACAAGAGGAGGGCCAAAGGAAUGCUUUCAAUGAUGAGGGAACUCCAGAUGCCUUUGUUAGGGAGCCAUCACCUUGGAAUAGAUGAUGCAAAAAACAUAGCUAGAGUACUACAACACAUGCUAAGUGAUGGUGCCCUUGUGCAAAUCACAGCUAGAAGAAACCCUCAUGUUCCUGAAAAAGUUGAAUUUCUUUUUGAGGAUCGCAUUGUAUAACUGGUUUCUGCUGAACCAUUUUGUUAUCACCUAAACAUUUUUAGAUGACCUUCCUCUUAAUUUGUUCAAGUUUCAGUUGAGGUCUCUUGUAUUCACCAAAGCAUCAUACCCAUCCAUGCACUCCAACCCCUGCGAGAACGGAAAAGCAAAAAAGAAGAAAGUUAGGAAGAAGGUAAAAGAAAAACCUAUUGGUGGGACUUGCAACAGUGACUGUACAUUAAUAUCAUUUCCUUUCAAUUGAUAGACUAUGCACUAAGUUGGUGGAGUUUUACCAUGAAAAUCAUCAACAUUUCUUGGUUGGUUGGGCUGGUUUUUUGGAUUUGAUCUAA